UGUGGCGGCUGUCGCGUAAGCCCCAGUGAGUGCGCGCGCGGGAUCUGGUGCUCGUGUUACGGCUGCUGCUGAAGGUAAAGCAGCUGCUGCACUGCGAGGCGCUAAAGAGGAAGGUAGCUUAAAGCGCUCAGCAUUGUGACUGGGGCGAGGGCUUCAGCACACGGGAAUGAUUUACCCCUAAUGCUAUUGUGUGUCGACUCAUGGUCUGUACUUCAUCAAAGCUAAUAUUCGGUUUGUUUGUGAGCUGUUGGUCGCGUGCAGUUCUGUGGAAAGAUGCCGGAGCUCAUCACGGUGAACGACUUUAUCUCCGAGACCCUGGAAGACUACAGCUCGCCUACCACUUCAUCUUUCACCAGUAAAAUGACAAGUUGCCGGAAUACAGUGAACAGCAUAGAGGAGGUUUUAGAUGCAGAUCGAACUGUUUUACAUAAAAUGAAGAAGGCAACAAAAGCUAAGUACGCUUCAGGACAAGACUAUGUCACCAACCUUGAAGCCUACAUCAGUGCAGUGGAAAAAUAUGCAUUUAAUUUUCAGAACAAUGGAGAGGAGGAGGAGGAGCUAACCCAAGCCUUUACCCAGUUUGCUAAGUUUUCAAAGGACUUUGUAACACCUAUCAAAAAUCUGCUACAGAAUAUGUGUUCUAAUAUCAACUACUUCCUGGGUUCACUGGUGAAGGGAGAUUUGAAGGAGAUUAAAGGGGAUCUGAAAAGGCCAUUUGAUAAAGCAUGGAAGGACUAUGAAAGUAAAUUCACAAAAAUUGAGAAGGAAAAGCGAGAUCUUGCAAAACAGUACGGCAUGGUGCGAAAUGAGGUGUCAGGAGGUGAAAUCGCAGAGGAACUUGAAAAAGAAAGAAGAAUGUUCCAGCUACAAAUGUGUGAAUAUCUGAUCAGAGUGAAUGAAAUUAAAACAAGAAAAGGAGUGGACUUGAUACAGAAUAUGAUCAAUCAUUACCAUAGUCAGAAAAACUUCUUCCAAGAAUGUUUGAAAAAUAUUGAGGAGCGACAAGACUAUAUUGAAAGGCUGCGAGCAGAGCUUCAGACUAUCAAACAGAGACAGGAUGAGGAAAAGAAGCAGUUAUGUUCUCUUCGUGAGCAGCUAAGACCAGCAUUACAGCUUGAGCCAAAAGAUAUGCAUCAUUUCUUUAACUUAAUCACGCUCAGAAAAGUUUGGCAGAAAAGAAAAUGCAGUGUGAAGAAUUGCUAUCUUACUAUAGCACAUGGAUUGCCAAAUCGUCCACCAGCAAAGCUUAACCUGCUGACAUGUCAAGUGAAGCCUAGCCUGGAGGACAAGAAGUGCUUUGACCUUGUCUCACACAACAGAACAUACCACUUUCUGGCUGAAGAUGAAAUGGAAUGUAUUAUGUGGAUCUCUGUCCUGACUAAUAGUAAACAAGAGGCUUUGAAUGUAGCAUUCAGUGAAGAACAUCGAAGUGGAGAGAACAGCAUUGAAGAUCUGACCAAAGCCAUCAUUGAAGAUGUUAGACGUAUGCCAGGAAACAAUGUCUGCUGUGACUGUGGAGCUCAUGAUCCAACAUGGCUGUCUACAAACCUUGGUAUCCUAAUCUGCAUUGAAUGUUCUGGAAUUCAUCGGGAAAUGGGUGUCCAUCACUCCCGCAUCCAGUCAUUGUCACUCGACAAACUUGGGACUUCUGAACUUUUGUUGGCAAGGAAUGUUGGAAAUUCAGGAUUUAAUGACAUUGUUGAAGCAAAUCUACCAAAUUUAUCCUUGAAACCAGCCCCCGACAGUCAAAUGACUUUGCGAAAAGGUUACAUAAUUAAUAAGUACAUUGAAUGGCAGUAUACAAAGAAAAGUGGAACAAGUGCAGAGUCUUGGCUGAAGGACAUUCAGGAUGCAGUAAGACUGAAGGAAAUAUUUACUUUGAUACAAGCAUAUGCUGAAAAAGUCGACCUGGCUGCUCCAUUACCUUCAUUUGAGCAGGAACCGGGAGAGACAGCGCUCCAUCAAGCAGUAUUGUAUGCGGAUUGCACUUCUUUGCACAUAGUUGACUUUCUUGUCCAGAACAGUGGCAACCUAGAAAAACAGACUACUAAGGGCAACACAGCUGUUCAUUACUGUUGUCAGCAGAAUAAAUUGGAAUGUCUCAAGUUGUUUCUGAGAGCCAAGGCCAACGUUCGAAUCAAGAAUGAAGCAGGGGAGACACCUGUGGACAUUGCAAGAAGAGAGAAGUAUUCCAUGUGUGAAGAACUGAUUGUUCAGGCCCUUUCAAACAAGUUCAACAUGCAUGUCCAUGUGGAGUAUGACUGGCGGCUGCAUCAGGAAGACAUGUAUGAAAGUGAUGACGAUCUUGACAUAAAGUCAGGUCCUGUUAAAAAGGAACGUACUCCAAGGCCUUACAGCUGCUUCCAACCUCCUCAUUCAUCUCCUCUGGACAGGAGUAAUGCUGGUCACUUUUCUAAAAGAGCAGCUGUCAUGACACCAGAUCAACAACGUCGUGAUCUGUAUUCAAUACCAAAUAAACAUCCCCAAAGUGUGGAUUCACAGGCAUCACCUUCUUCACCUCCAGGAGGACCACCUCCACCCAUUCCAGCAAGGAUCCCCAUCAAAGCCCCCAGUGUACCACCCCCUCCUCCUCCCACCACAACACCGUCUUCCUUUCACAGCGCAACAUCAAAGAAGAGGCUUCCCCCUGCACCAUUGACAAGUAUGCACAAACGGACCUUAUCAGAACCAAUGCCAGAUAUGCCUCACAGUCCGCUGCAGAAAAGCAAAUGCUCACCAGACUAUGGAUUGUCUACCUCACCAAAAUUUAACAGUGAAAGCAUUUCACAGAAGUCAGUUAUUGGUUCCCCAAAAUUUUCGAAUUUCCAUGCACUAUCAGAAAGGCUGGAGGCAGCCUUUCAUAUUAAGACAGAAGCAUCACAAGGUACAGCAAAUAGGUCAUAUCAGCCAGUUCAAACCAGUGGUGGAAGGACGCCAAACCUUAAUUCACCAUCCAGUCCGUCUGUGCCAGAGUCAACUCUUUUAACACCAACAUCUCAAGGAAACCCUUUGCCACUGCCCAGAAAGAUGAGCAUGAGUAGGCCAAAGCUCAAACGGGUGAAGGCAAUAUAUGACUGCACUGCAGAUCGCCCUGAUGAGCUAACCUUCAAGGAGGGGCAGGUCAUAGUGGUAACUGGGGAGGAAGACCAAGACUGGUGGAAAGGAUAUAUUGAAUACCAGCCUGGCAAAGAAGGAGUAUUUCCUGUGUCCUUUGUUCAUGUGUUAGCAGAAUGAAAAUACUACACUGAUAUAACUGAUGGGAGAGAGACUUUCAGCCACUGUUGCACCCAGUAAGCCCGUGUAUGCUGUGAUGACAGCUGCAAUCACUGGAGACUAGUAAAGAAUGAAUGCCAGCAUAAGAUCAAAGAUAAUUAAUAAGAAUUCUGUUACUGUACUAAAUGUCUGUGGACAAUAUUUGCACUGUGCGGUCACAGAGGACCAAAGAUAUGCAGAUUAUUAACUGAUGUCCACAAGAUAUUCAUUGUCUUAUAUAUAUAUAUAUAUAUAUAAUGUUACUUUUUGGGGAGUUUUUUUGUUUGUUUUGUUUUCUUUUUUUGUUUUGUUUUUUCAGAUGAUGCUGGAUGUAAAAAAGGGCUACUUGGCAGAUAUGUUGCCACAAAAAGUUAUGUACAUCAGAACUUUCAGAAUAAAAAAAAUAAACAAAUUUGGUUUAUGCCCACGUUUAGCAUUAGGGUACAGAAUGUUUGCAUGAACCAACUGAAAUAAGAGUUUUAGGUUUACAUUAUGUAUUGCAUAUGCUGAUGCAAAUGUUAACAGCGAGAAAGCACAAAAGGCACUUGUUUGUAUGAAUUUAUUUUAUUUCUGCAAAUUGCAAAUCAGAGACCAUAUGAUUCUUCCGUUAUUGAAGAAUUAUGUUGAAUUACAAUACCAGUAAAUGUUUUAUCAGUGUUAUCAAUGAGCAAAAUAGUCAAACUUACAGUAAAUGGCUUUUUGUCAGUGUUUUCAGUGAGCAACAUAGUCAAAAUUACAGUACUUAAAGUUUACCCAAAAUAUGGAAGUAUGUUACAAGCAUGUUACAAGUAUGUUACAAGGCGAGAAGUUUCUUAUAGGUACAAUCAUCGAUAAAAUGGUGAAAAGUAGUGUUACCUGAAGCCUGUAACAUUUCAGAUAUUCAUAUUCUCAUGUUCCAUGUUAACAUGGUUUUGUUUGUAAAAACGUAUGUCAGCAUUUUCUGUUUUUUUCAGAAGUGAACCAUUACUUACUAGUUUCAAAGCUUCAGCUCUUAGAUCCUUCAUAUAAUUUAUAUGUGAAGACAAUGUCUUAGUCAUUUGUGUAAAUUCAGUGUAACUGUACUAUAUACAUGUGACUGUCUAUAUUUUAAGCAUUUUUGAAAAUGUAUAAACCAGAACUUGUUAGCUCUAUUUGCAUUUAAUUAUUUUAAUAGAUUUUUCAUUCACCCGGAGAGAGGAUGCUGUUAUGUAGUAAAGGAGUGCAAUAUAGAUGAAUUGAUUCUUUUCAGUUAUCUAAUGUUUUACAUACUUCAGCUGUGAAUUGUUUUAUCCAAUAAAUGUUAUAUAUUGAUGCA